GUGAUGUCUAGACCGGAGAGGAACAAGUAGUGUAUCUUUAUCCUGCGCUAGCAGAGCGCUAUUGUUUUCUUGGACAUGCAGGAGGAGAAACAGCGCAACCAAGAGGCAAAACCUCAAGAAACAACAGCUUAUGGAACGAGAAGUGAUUUUCCUUCGCGGGUCAUCUCAAGCAUCCACCGUGUCAAGCGAGAUGUCUGUCCUGUUUGGGAUGAAAUGGACAAAACGUGUCAAACGUGACACCGAGGAGGAUACACCUGAACGCGCUGGAUCCAGAUGUCUCUCCUGAAGGACAGACCCAUGACGUCCAAGUCCUCGCUUCCAUAGCGGAAGGCACAAGCGAGGCUACUUCCCACCCUCCACCCUCCUAUCCUAUAUACAAGGAUUAGUGUUUAGGAUGGGAAGGCACCUGCUGGCACUAGCAUCUAAUCUGGACAUAGGACAUAACUGUGAUCUGCGCUCUGAAGAACCGCCGGAGGCCACGCCAGUGCGGACGGGACGCUACUGACAAGACACACACGCCAGCAGAGAGACGAUCCAGCAUGAAAAGCGAGACCCCCGGAGUAGCCCGCGUCCAAGCAGACACACUCUAAAUGGAAUCUGGGCCUGGAAGGAGCAAAGACAACUGCAGUCAUCAGCUGAACUUUUUGGAGGGUGUUCCUAUUCCCUUAUAUGGCAACAGAGCUGGGAAAUCAUUUGAAUUAGUCUGGUUUCUGUUGCAUGCCUGUCUGGUUUUAGUGCUGACUGAGUUCCAUCUGGUAUGUUUCUGUCUCUGCUGCGUGCGUGCGUGUGUGGGCGCCGUGUGUGCGGCUUGAUUUGUUUGUUUUGCCAUUCUUGGUUCUUCUUUUCCUGUUGUUUGCAUGUGGGGUUUGUGUUUUGGGACAGGAGGAGGGCUUGUGUUUGUGGUUGAGCUAGAGGCACCAUCAUCGCCCUCAGGGGUGGCUGCUUCAUUCAGACUUUAGCAGCACCUCUCGCUGUUUUUUCCCCUUCACCUCCUUCCCUCUGCCCUCCCUCGCACCGCGGUGAUGGUCUGUGUUUGUUGGAGCAACACACCCACCUGGGUGCAGCAGCUUGCAACCAAAGACUGACACGGGUCUGUCUACUGUCAGAAAAGUGGACUGGAGCUUGUGUUGUUGUUGGAGAGGACUCGUCUCACGAUCAGCUGGAUGUUUCUUUCUUUCUCCCUCUAAUGCAACAGGAUGUGUGACCCAGAAAGAACCAACAAGGACCCAGGAAGUUCCAGCUGAUACAGACAAGGUGCGCGAUUGUCUGUCUGACACUUUAAUCAUGGAGAGAAGGAUCAUGGGAAAGUUCUGAACCCUGAAGUGGAGCGCUCGACACGCUCUGGCCGUCAGCGGAGUGCCAUCUGACACAGCAAACUUGCGUUAAGUUCAUCACCUCAUGUGGAUUAUUUUUAACAUAUCUCCAAGCAGCGAUUGCCAUGGCGAUGGCAGCAUGGUAUCAUCGUGACAUCAGCCGUGUGCACGCAGAGGACUUGCUGGCACGGGCAGGGAGGGAUGGCAGCUACCUAGUGAGAGAUAGCGAGUCUGUGCCAGGAGCCUAUGCACUGUGCCUGCUGUUCCAGCGUCACGUUCACACCUACCGUAUUCUCCCGGAUGCGGACGGCCUUCUGGCAGUUCAGACGACACAGGGGGUGCAGGUGAACUGCUUCCGGACACUCGAGGACCUGGUGUUGGGGUACCAGCAUCCCCACAAGGGCCUGGUCACCCCUCUGCUCUUCGCUGUUCCCCGUGAUACGGACACUGGUGAUGAGAGCUCAGAUGAUGAGAAGCCGUCUCCAGUUCCAGUCACGGUCAACACAGUGCCUUUCACAGGAGCACCAGCAAAACCAGCCCCUCAUACUGCGUUCCUGGAUAAGUUGCAGGAGCUGAACACAUCCAGCACCGCGGGUGAGGUGAUCGGUCUUCUCAAUGACUACCUCUUCAGCGAGCUCCCUCUCGACAUUGAGAAUGUGCAUAAAGGGGCAACGACUCUUUGUCACCUCAAGCGGACUCUGGGUACUGCCUGCCAAGGCCUGAACAGUGAGAUCGAUCUGACCCUCUCGAGCCUGGAAACCCUGGCCAAGGUCUUCGACCAUCCUAGCUGCUCUUUAACAAACACCAAGGCUCAGGGCCCAGAGAUGGAGAUUGACAGCCUGUUGUGUAAGAUUUCAGCUUUGGUCAGCCUCCUGUCUUCAUUGGAAAAAAAGGUUUUAAAAGCGUUACAAGAUGCGGUGACCAACCACAAUCUGGCGGCGCAGCCUAACCCGCCCCCUCCUGAGCCGACGCCCUCCAGUGUAACACCUGUAAAGAACCAUGACAGACAGCUGCCGGUCCACUCCUUCCAGGUGAAGAUGGUGAGGUACGGCAGGCAGACUGUCUCUGUGGACGUGGACUCGGGAGUGCUGCUCUUUGACAGGAAGGCUGGUUCGUUUGGUAUAGAGAGAGUGUCACAUGACAGAAUCCUCCAGAUUGUCAAGUUCCAGAGCAGUCCCGCCAAGGUGUGCCUGGUUGUCGACAGCCACCACAGCACACCGCGGGAGAUGACGUUUGAGAGUGCGCGGAAACGUGAUGCCUUCUGCCAGCUCCUCCAGCUGAUGAAAACCAGGCACUCUCAGCUGAGUGAGCCUGACGUGGUCUCAGUAUUUGUUGGCACCUGGAAUAUGGGUGGCUCCCCUCCUCCUCGCAGCCUGCAGACGUGGGUGACCUGCUGCGGUCUGGGACACACCCCUGAUGAGUCGACCGCCUUGCUCCCUCACGACAUCUACGCUCUGGGCACUCAGGAAAACCCUCAGGGGGAGAGAGAGUGGACAGAACAUAUCAAAGCAACCCUUCGCAGCUACACUCACAUUGACUUCAAACAGGUGGCAGUACAGUCCCUCUGGAGUAUGAGGCUGGCUGUGUUUGUGAGGCCGGAGCACGAGAGUCGCAUCAGCCAUGUGAACACAGCCAGUGUGAGGACCGGCCUGGGGAACACUUUGGGUAACAAGGGGGCUGUCGGGGUCUCAUUCCUCUUCGGUGGAACAUCCUUUGGGUUUGUUAACUGCCACCUGACCUCCGGAAGUGAGAAAGUCCUGAGGAGGAACCAGAACUUUGUGGACAUCCUCCGACUGCUCUCUCUGGGUGAGAAACAGCUUGGUGCCUUUGACAUCAGCCUUCGCUUCACCCACCUCUUCUGGUGUGGAGACCUCAAUUACAGACUCGACUUGGAUGUACAGGACAUCCUGAAACAUGUGUCGAAGAGGGAGUUUGAGGAGCUCAUGUGUGCAGACCAGCUGACCCGAGAGAGACACAAGAGGAAGGCCUUUCUCAAUUUCAAGGAAGAGAAGAUCGCAUUUCCACCCACCUAUCGGUAUGAGCGGGGCUCCAGGGACUGCUACCUAUGGCAAAAGUACAAGACUUCAGGAGUGCGAGUCAACGUCCCAUCGUGGUGUGACAGGAUUCUGUGGAAGUCGUACCCAGAGACACAUGUCUUUUGCACUGCAUAUGGUUGCACAGAUGACAUCUUCACGAGCGAUCACUCACCUGUUUUCGCCACCUUCGACGUGGGAGUGACGUCACAGUACAGCUCCAAAACAGAUCUAAAUUCAAGCGUGGAGAAGGCCUGGAUAGAGCUUGAAGGCAUCGAGGCCAUUGUGAAGACUGCGAGCAAGGCAAAGUUCUUCAUUGAAUUCUACUCGUCAUGCCUUGAAGAGACACGGCGCUCGAGCGAGAACGACUCACAGAGCUGUGACGUUCCCGGGUUCCUCAAACUGGGCUGGUCUUUCAAACAACUGCCGAAGCUUCUUCCGAUCAUGUCUGACAUGGAGUUUCUUCAGGAUCAGCACCUGCUGUUGUCCGUCAAGUCAUGUGAUGGGUUCGAGUCAUAUGGCGAAUGCUGCGUGGCUCUGCGUUCCCUCAAUGGUGCGUCAGAGCAGUUUGAGACAUUUCUGAGUCACCGGGGCGAAGAGAUGGGCUCCAUCAGAGGACGGGUCAGGAUCCAUGUGCCCAAAGACAGACGAGGAACGCGAGAGAAAGUCUACGAUUGGUUCCAUUUUGAGAAAGAUCCUGGAAGGGGGCACAUGUCUCCUGCACUUACACGGGUCCAAAUAAACAGGUCUUCGGCAGCUCCUCCCAAACUAACUCCAAGCAGCUACACCAACCCCGCCUACUUCAUCUUUGAAGGCGUGUCAGUGCCACGCAGGGUGGAGGAGGCUCUGCCCCAGCGAAGGGACCCUCAAGUGAUCUGGUCUGGAAAUGAGGCCUUGCAGCUCCCAAAGAUCUCAGGACGUCAGGGCUUUGACAGACGACCCUGUCGCAGGUCAGACUUUACAGAAAUUGAAAUUCCAGCUGUCUUGCCCCAGUACACUCCAACCAAUGACCUUCCUGCUCCCCAAACCAACUCCUCUUAUCAGCUCUUCCCCGCCAAAAACCCUCCUCCCAUACCUCCACCGUCAAGUAACGCCACGUCACAGUACCAGGAACAGACUCCGCAACCCAAAGACAAAUACCGGGGUAAAAAUAUUGUUCAAGACUCCGUACUGCCUGAGAAGAACCUGAGAAACUUGUACAUGAAUCACUCGGCAAUCAUAAGGGAAAAGGCCAGAAGGGAUCAGCUUCUCCCAGAAAGGACCAAUCCUGUCCGGCAAACCCAGGCCCCGUCAGCCUUCCCAUACAUCCCCACUCACAUAGCACAAUGUCAGGCGUCCGUCCCAUGGACAGUGGAUCAACAGCCUCCUGGACCUACUGGAGACAACUCCCUCACUGCUCUGCAAAUCGCCAAGUCCCUCAGCGAAGUCGAUUUCUUCCCUACAGAACAGAGAGGCCCGUCCAUACCCAAUCACAGGCCAGGUUAUAGGAAUGGCCCCUCCAUGCAUGGAGACAGAGGCUACAGCUGGGAGAAAGAGGUGUCUGUCCUCCAAGGUGCACCUGAGACUGUACGGGAGCUUCUCAGCGCUCUGGGUCUUCAGAAAUACACCCUGGGACUCAGCCUUAAUGGCUGGGAUGACCUGGAUUACUUCAGUGGAAUCACUGAGGAGGAUCUUCGUGCUGCAGGAGUGACGAACCCUUCGCACCGACGCAGGAUCCUCGAGAACCUGCCCAGGAACUGGAACUGACACACAGAGAUGGAAGAAUGUUAAUGGUACGAAGAACUGGAACAGGCAUUGGAUCCAAGAUCUGAAAGGAGGACGGAUUGAUCGGCAGAUCAGUCACGUCGGCUGGACUUUGCCACGGCCCUGCCACCUUUUCAUUUACUCGAUCGAUGCUGCAACAACACCUGUGUCUGUGUCAACACAGCAAAUGGAACAUGACGCAGGAAGUGAUUGUCGCAGGCUACGCUUUACUCAUCUAUCCAGUUUGAAGGAUAAUGAAUAGAACGGACGACCUCCUGUAUGUCCGGUUACUGACGCUUGUACAAAUAUUGAUUUAAGUAUUAAGGUGUCAUUGAUUUAGUUUAAGAUGAAUUUUUAAUGACUAUAGAAAUAUAGUCCUUCAUUUUCCAGUGUUCACUUGAGGCUUGUGUUUACCGUUCACCUUCAUCUCCCGUACUGUGUGCUUUCCAUUACUGAACCUGCGUCUGAGCAUGUAAAAGCCCUCUAUUAAACCUGUGGAGCAUAAAAUCCAUAGCUGUACAUAUCUACAAGAAAAAAAACUGUCUGUAAAGUUGGGAUAGAAGGACCUGCCGUAUCUCAUAUUGUUUACUGUCUCAUACCGUUGCUAUCAUGUCACUUAAUCAGUACCUGUGUCCACUGUGUGUGUUUUAUGCAACCUUUGUAAAAGUAAAGUGCAUAAAGCAACUCUUGACCGUC